ACUCAUCUCUCGCUGCAGUCCUAGUCGAGCGUUCCUUCGAGAAAACGCGCGCGUAGUGGUCACGAUGAAAUUUUCCGCCGUCCUCGUUCUCGUCUCCCACAUCCUCAUCGCAGUAUCCGGAAGGUGGCAUCAGUCGGAAUCAACUUUAGCCGUACACUCGGUGCCUCUGGGCUCCGAAGCCAGUUUUCACUGGAGAGUUGAACUGACGACCGAGCAGAUAGUGGCCGAAGUACACUACGCAGCUGAGGAAUAUUCGUGGUUUGCGGUGGGCUUUUCGAACUAUGGAGAACUGAAACCAGCGGAUUACUGCGUUCUCUGGGUGGACUGGCAUCGCGAGACCCACCUUGAAGAUGCUUCGAGCGAUGCUGAUACUAAAUUGAAUACGGACGAGCAGCAGGAUUGCACGAAUUUCGAGUGGAAAAAGCACGGCAACGUAACCAAGUUCACCUUCACCAGGAAAUUCGAUACUUGCGACGAGCGCGACUACGUGAUCGAGAGAGGUACAACUCACCUGGUAUGGCUGAAGGGCAGUGGGCCUCUGACUUCGGUGGCGGGUCUACAGGUAGCCGAUGCCAAAUCUUCGGGGAUGUCGAGAACGGAGUUGCUCAGGAUUCACCACCCAAAGCCGCAGUUCCCGGCCGAUGCUUGGCAGCACGAGAUCAGAGCCGAUCGGGUACAGGUGCCCAAUGUCGAGACGACCUACUGGUGUCACGUGCAGAAGUUACCCUCCUCGAUGAGACGCAAACAUCACGUUCUUCAAUUUGGACCAGCUAUACAACAGGGCAACGAACAUCUGGUACAUCACAUGGAAGUUUUCCAUUGUGCUGGACCCGCAGACGUAGACGUGCCUCUAUACAACGGACCGUGCGACGCGCCUAAUCGUCCAGAACGAACUCAGAUCUGUAAGAAAGUGCUGGCAGCCUGGGCUAUGGGUGCCGAUGCUUUCGUCUAUCCCGAGGAAGCGGGUCUGCCGAUCGGCGGGGAAAACUUUAAUCGUUUUGUCAUGCUCGAGGUCCACUAUAACAACCCUGAACUUUUAGCAGGCAACGUUGACUCGUCUGGAAUACGCUUUAUCUUCACCAAGAGUCUGAGGAAGUACGAUGCAGGCGUGAUUGAACUCGGUCUCGAGUAUACUGAUAAAAUGGCCAUCCCUCCAGGACAGGAAGCAUUCUUACUCUCGGGUCACUGCAUCUCCGAGUGUACAGGUGUAGGUCUACCCCAGAGUGGCAUCAAAAUCUUUGGUUCGCAGUUACACACCCACUUGACGGGCCGAGGUGUCGUCACGAGACAUAUACGGAACGGCGAGGAACUGCCCAUGCUUAACUAUGACAAUCAUUAUUCCACGCAUUUCCAAGAGAUACGACUGCUGCCACAACCAGUCACUGUUCUCCCGGGUGAUUCGUUGAUAACGACCUGCACGUACGAAACGUUGGACAGGGAAAAUGUCACUCUGGGUGGUUUUGCUAUUUCGGAUGAAAUGUGCGUAAACUAUAUCCAUUACUAUCCAAAUUCGAAAUUAGAGGUUUGUAAAAGCGCUAUAAGUGAUGACGCAUUGAGAACGUAUUUCCGCUACAUGAAAGAAUGGGAGAGUCAAAGAACGGGCGGCGAAAAGGGAAUCUCAGAAAAUUACAAAAGCAUCGAAUGGACUAAGGUCCGCGUUGCAGCUUUGCACGAUCUCUAUGAAGUCGCUCCUUUAGGAAUGCAGUGCAAUGGCUCAGACGGGUCUCGGCUACCUGGCUUAUGGGACAAUAUUGCGGCGACGCCGGUUAGACUUCCUCUUGCACCGAUGGCUCGUGGUUGUCCGUAGUGAGCAUAUAUCUUGGCAGCAUAAUUGAUGACAACGAAGAUUUGGAUCGGAUCAAGUAUGAAGUCGAUGGAACGCAGCAAAAAAGGAUACAUGAAAAAUAAAAAGCCAAUUUGACAAAAAAAAAUGAAAACAUGUAAAGCAUAGAUCUACAUGAUUGUCGUAGAAACAAAAACAAAAUAUGUAAAAAAACGUAUCUACAAAGGUGCAUAAAAAUGAAAUAAUAAAGAUAUGUUGUUGGAGAUAUAAAAAAUAACGAUGUAAAUCACAUCAAUAAUGCGUUAUUAACUGACGAACAUACGAUGUAUUUUUAGAAAAGUACAAAAAAGUUCACGGGCGGAAAAUAUGCAAAAAUGCAAAGAGCGUUACUAGGUAUGUGUAAAAGUUUAUAAACCGUCCGUGUAUUUAGUGUUCUAAAACGUUUUUCUUUUUUCUCACACCCUUCUUUUGACAAAAGUAUACAUGUAUGCCAUAAUCGUCAUCAUCAUUCUUUUUGCAAACAUCAGCGUAUGUAAGCUAGCUUUCGAUUUUCUCCCUCUUUCGCGUGCUCAAUAACAAAUACUUCCAUUUUAAUUUCGCGUAAUAAUAAUUAAUAUUACAAUAUAUAUCUAUAAUAUAAUCUAAUAAUAAGAUAUAGUAAUAGCGAUCGAUCAACUUUACAUGCCGUAUAUAGUAAUGUACAAAAAAGAGGGACAGCAUUGCCUUAUACCACUUUAGCUAUAUAAUGAAAUGAAGAAUAACGACCUUUUUUUUUGUUUCGCAACAUGGUCUUGCACAUAAUUUCUAUAUUCUUCUUGCAAUUGUAAUUCAAUAAUACAUUUACGUGAAUGAAGGUGCACGAGCAUCGAAUCUUAAUUACACGAAACGUUUUCGGCACGCAUUACAGAAAAAACGCACAUCAUACUGCAGAACUAAAAGAAAUACUUCGUAUCGCACGUACGAUAUAAUACAUAUUACAGGCGGAUCAUUGCGCACUCACAUACAUUCAACAUACAAUUCUCACAUACGCGUGCAUUCGAAUAUUUCACAAACUAUCCAUGUAUUAACUUUAAUCAAAAUGUCUUGCACAAUCUUUAGUCACAUUUGACAAAAGGUAAUCUGACGGCCGUCAGAGUAUCUGAAAUUCUCUUCAGAUCGGAUCAUAUAAUUUUCAAAAAUCAUUUCAAUUCCCAAGUCAAUACAUGUUUAGGUUGCAAAACAUCAAUGGAAUAAUUUCCAGAUCAAGUCCUUGAUUAUAUUUAUUUUUUUUCAUAAACCAAUGGAUUUCUCAUUACACAAUUUUUCAUUUUGCCCUCGACUCAGGGCAUAGUCAAAAUAGCUAAUAAUUUGUACUGCCAAAUGUUUCCUCCGAAGGAAGUUAGCGUGAUUCCCUGCGAUGUGCGCACAAAGGGCAGAGAUCAGCUUUCUCUUUGGCGUCGCGGUUAUCUUUAUAACAGGCAUGAGCAUCUUUCAUUACGUUAAAGCAGGCACUUUUUCAUUAGUCUGAAUAUUUUUCUUGUAUUUUUUUUCUUUGAUAGAGCUUUUAUGCCAACGUUAGCACAAUAAAAUUUGUUUUUAAUUCAUUAGUGAGUUUUUAUUAUUGGCCUUAAUGCUCUUACUUAUGCAUUUCUUUUAAAAUCUUCUUAAAACGUAUACAUAAUUUGAUGAAUUUUUAAUAAACGAAAAAUGCCCGCGACUGUUUCCGAAUGCCCUGUUCAAUCGCCGAUUAAUCGAGUGACCAGAACUCACAUUGCCUUGGUAAAUUCACGCAUCUGCUGACAUUUACAAGCGACUUAGAGAAGCAGGAAGUCAUUUAAAACAAGUUAUUAAUGUUUCAGAAAGAAUCAGAUGCUCCGCAGACAAACGGAAUGGACGAUUUUAAAUAUUACAAAUUAACGGAACAAUCCCAUUGAAAAUUGAUUCUGUGUAUUUUGGCGAGUUGGCGUUUAAAGAAAGAUUAAAAAAUUACUUUGAAUUAUUGAAAAGCUCAUUUUUUCAAUCUAUCUUUCAUGUUUUUAUAAGAACCCAUGAUUAUCCCGUUAAUUUUAAGGAACGUCAUUCAAAUUUUUAAACUUAUAAGGAAACAUGAUCAAAAUCGAUUCCCUACAUUACAUGACUGUCAAAAGAAUAAUACGCGAAGAGGAUCUGUCGGCUUUUCCGUAGGAACAAGUUCGCGCGAUUCUUCCUUUCAAAUUACUUUUAUAAGUAUUUCAUUUCUUGUAUAAAAAGCUUAAUUUUCCGAAUGUAUUUUUUAUUAGUUUUCCUAAAUAUAGACGGUAUACAAUCGCGAAGUAUAAAAUAUAUCACUUUGUGAAUGAGUGCGAAUUUCGUCCACGCAAUAUCAUACUCAUUGAGCAAUCCGUUUACGAUUUGUAUAAUUCGGGUCAAGCUGCUAAAAAUUGUCUGCACAGGCUAUAAGAAAAUACACAUUAUACAAAAAUCCGCAGAUAUCUUCUCGGAUUUCGAGAAGUGAAAGGGGUAAAACUCGGACACCCUCUGUCGCUUAAAAUAGACUUUCUAUUUUUUAUUUGCACGAGCCAUAUUUUUGCUAACAAUGUUAGUUUUAUCAAAGUGAUUAAUGAAUUAUUAUGCAUUUAUAGAUGUU